CCGUAGCGACGCUUGUUGGGGAGUUUAGACAAGCGGAGGGAGCAAAAUGGCGGACGAAGAUAUUACGCUUGAUGGAAAACCUCUACAAUCGCUCCGAGUAGCGGAUCUGAAAGCGGCGCUGGAGCAGAGAAACCUGCCGAAGAGCGGGCAGAAAAACACACUCGUCAAGCGGCUGAAGGGGGCUCUGAUGCUGGAAAAUCUCCAGAAGUCGUCGUCCUCUCACAGCGGGCUGCAGCCCAACUCACAAAUAGGUGAGGAGAUGAGCCAGAAUAGCUUCAUAAAACAGUACCUGGCCACACAGCAGGAGCUCCUACGCCAGAGGCUGGAGAGAGAAGCUCAGAGAGAUGAAGAAGCAGACGAAAGCCCAGCAGUGCCGGAGGAGGAUGAAGACCAUUCAGAGGACAAUGACAGCUCCUCCUACGUCUCCGACAAGCAUCGCUCUAUACCCUCCCAGCACUCAAUGAACAGGGCGGAGGAGAAAAGAGGGGAAUCAGUCAUUGGUCACUCGCUGAUGGCAGGCGACCCUGGCAUUGGCCCUGGCCCUACCCUCCACCCGCAUGAGUCCCUUGAGGCUCCAGGAGCUAGGAUGCAGAGAUCCACCUUUCAUCAAGGACAUAAAGAGCCACCAGCCCCCUCUCCUCCUCGCGCUGUAGCCUCCCUGUCAGUGCGCGUCCUGGGUCAGCCAGACCGCCAGGGGUUGCCCCCUGCCGUAUCCCGAGCCCAGGAGAAGGAGGGCACAGCGCCGAGUGAACCAGGAUCAGCUCACCCUGUCCUCCACCUUAGCCGAUCUGCCGGGGUCUCGGCAGGAGGUCACGUCCAUGAGGACAAUGAUGAAGAUGACAGCGGUGACGACGAAAGCGAGGAUGACGAGGAUUGGGGGCCCGGUCCUGGUGGGGCACGAAGGGGCAACAGAGCACCUCCUCAGCCGCAGCAGAUGCCCCCCAGUGUGCCGUCAACAGUGGCACGAUCUAAACGCAAACUUCAGCUUCCGCAGCACAUCCCACCACCACAAGCACACCACACCCCAAUGCAGCUGCGCCACCCCACCCCUCCUCCCUCUCCACCUCCUGAUCUGUUUCCCCUACCUGACACCCCGAAGCAGAGCCCACCAGACACAGAUGACCAGGAAGGAGAGGGCCCUGAGGCUGCACGUGGUUCAAGGGGUGCGCCUUUCCCACCCUCCACCUUGCAGAGGCAAGACUCUGACUCAAGCUCUCGCUCCAGCAGUCCCGAGCCUCCUGUGAAGCGCAGGCCAGGGCCCCUUUCUCUGCUCGUACACAAGAUGGAGUCAGAGGGGGCUUUCCGUGCAGUAGCGGCCACCUCAGCUGUAGAUAAGUCAGGAGAGACAGCACGCUCCACUGCUGGGCCUGCCACUUCCAGUGAAUCUCCACUGCACAAACUGGAGAGAAAGAGGCUACACGAUAACAGAGAGGUGGAGGAAGCUAAGCGUCUGAAGGAGGAGAAGGAGAGAGAACAAAGGAAGAUACAAGAACAGGAGAAAGAGAAGAAACGCUUGGACGAGGAGAAGGAAAAGGAGAGGAAACGCCUGGAAGCGGAAAAAGAAAAAGAGAGGAAACGCCGGGAUGAGGAGAAGCAAAGAGAGGAGAAACUGCAAAAGGAGAAGACCCAGAAGACAACCAUUAAAGACAAGGUGGCUGUCCAAGAUUCAGGUUCCUCAUCAGAUUCUGACUCCAAAUCAGACUCCUCGUCAAACUCAUCACAGUCCUCCUCCUCUUCCUCCGGAGAUAAAGCCCGGCCUGCCAGCCAUCUGAAGAAAGCAGACCGAGGACAAGAAGCAGAGGAUGAGAAAAAGACUAACCUGAGUAAAGAGGUAGAGAAACGAUACCUUUCAAAAAGGGAGGUGUCUGAGCCCAGCGCGGCCACCGUGACAGAGGUGGAACCCGACUCGGAGAGCUCCAUGGCCCAGCAGCCGCCCUCCGGGGCUGAGCCGGACAACAACGAGGGCCGCCUGGAGGAGAGCACCACUCCUAAGGCUUUCGCUGCCCGCAAGAUAUCCCUGACCAGCAGUAAGACGUCUCCAGGUGCCACCGACGGAGGAGCAGGAGAUGCCGACACAGGAACCGCGGCAGGGAGGAAGAGGCGGUGGGGCUCCAGCACGUCGGUCACCGCUAAGAAACCAUCCAUCAGCAUCACCACUGACUCACUGAAGUCUUUGAUCCCAGACAUCAAAGUGAACCAGGAGGCGGUGGUGGAGCUGCACCCAGAGGAGCUGCAACUGUCUGGGGACGAGGAGAGCUUGGACGCCAGCCGGGGCGACCAGGACAAAGGCCUCAAGAUCCGACGCACCGUCACACAGGUCGUCCCAGGUGACAACCAGGAGAACGGACAGACGAACGAGGAAGAGGAAGAGGUGGAGAAACCGGAGAAGGAAAAACAACGCAGGACUUCCAGAGACAAGAGGAAGAACAGUGUUUCUGAGGAAGCCUUGGAAACGCAGACCUCUGUCAAGCUCGAUGGAGAGGCAAAGAAAGUUACCCCCAGCGAGAGUCUGGUGCGUCGCUCCAUAAGUCAACAGAAGUCUGGCGUGUCCGUCACCAUCGACGACCCCGUCCGCACAACCAGUCAGCCGUCGCCGUCUCAAGCCAAAAUCUCAAAUAUCAUCCACGUGACUAACCUGGUGCGACCCUUCACCCUCGGCCAACUCAAAGAGCUGCUGAACCGGACGGGCGUCGUGAUGGAAGAAGGCUUCUGGAUCGACAAGAUCAAGUCUCACUGCUUCGUCACAUACACGACAACGAAGGAGGCUUUCGCCAGCAGAGCCGCCCUGCACGGGGUCAAAUGGCCUCAGAGCAACCCCAAGGUCCUCAGCGUGGAGUUCUGCGAACAGGCUGAGCUGGACUUUCACAAAGGUGUGCUGAAGCCAGAAAAGGAGGAGGAACCUGCUGCCCCGCUGAUCGCUCCUCAGCCCCGGCUUCCCCCUCUGAUGCCCGAGCGAGAGAACCGGGACAGAGAACGAGACCGAGACAGGGAGAGGGAGCGUGACCGCGAACGCGACCGCGGCAUGGGAGGAGUGCGGGACCUGUGGGCGGAGCGGGAGAGAGAGAUGGAGCGGCGGGAACGUGCCCGCGGCGAGCGGGAAUGGGACCGGGACAAAGUGCGGGAGUUUGCAAGACCGGGAGAGGACGGACAACGAUCUCGAUCUAGAGAUAGAGAGCGGAGGAGGAGGGAGAGGGCCAAGAGCAAGGAGAGGAAGACGGAUAAGAAGGAGAAAGGAGACGAGCCUCCGGCCAAACUGCUCGAUGACUUGUUCCUCAAGACCAAAGCAGCUCCAUGUAUAUACUGGCUCCCCCUCACCGAGGAGCAGGCGGCGCAGAGGCUUUUGGACCGCACAGAGCGCCAGAAGGAGCGCGAGCGAAGGCGCAAGGAGCAGCAAGAGGAGGAGGACAAGAAGCGCGAGGAGGAGAAGAAAGAGAGGCUAAAGGGCCGGGAGAAAGACGGCAACGCGGCGGCGAGCGGCGGCGGAGGAGGCGCAGCCGGAGACAGAGAGAGGGACCGCGGCCGCGACAGAGAGGGAGACAAGAAGAGGGACAGCGGACACCGGCCCAGACGUCCUUCGGCGGGCGCCAGCGCCGGACGGGGCUCCCGUAGUCGUAGCAACCCCAGGGACAGACGCCGCUGAGGGCCGAGUGGUUACGGGGAAAGCUGAAGAGGGAUUGGAGGGAAGGGAAGGGGGGGGCGCGGCCUAGCGGCGGACACUGCAGACAGGAAGUCUUGGAAGGGAGUGUUUCCACUCGCCUCAAGUUCAGGACUUGUGUCUGCUCCUCGCUUACGCGCCCCGCCGUGCUUUAAUUCGUCCAUUUUGACGCCAGCGCUGUCUUCCGCACACCCUUCUGCCAUCCCCCCCCAUCCAUGUCACACAGAAAUGUUGAUUACAUGUUUCGUUAAUAGGAAAAUGACGGUUCUUCUAGCUCCAACCCCACAAUCUUCUGUUCUCUCUCUCUCUCUCUGUCUUCCAGAAGCAAGACUCAAGUCCUUUCCCUCCCGUAGAGAGCAGCGUUCCUCCUCGUCUCCGUCGUGUAGUGCUGUUAGUUCUCCUCUGUUUGAAGAAAAGAAGCAGAGAAGGGUGGCGUUUUUUUUGUUGUUUUGGCUCGCCUCAGCAUUUUGUCCCACUGAGGUUUGGGAGCCCGCCUCUUUAUUUUAGUUCUGUGGGUGCAGUUCCUUCCUCCUCAGAGCCCUGUAAUAAAACAAGUCCAAAAUAGAUCCCUGACCUCCAAAUAUUUUCUAGGAUCAGUUUUAGUGUUCUACUCUUCAGCACUGAGAGUUCCUUUUUUAUAUAUAUACACAUACAUAUAUAUACAUGUACGCAACUAAAUCAAAAGAUUUACAGGCCAUCUUUGUCAAAGUGAGGAAGUUUUUAAUGAAUCAUGUUUUUUUUGUUCCAGCCUUGAAGGGUGGUGUUGUGUGCUACAGCAGGUGAUGUGUGCGAGUAAUAACCUUCAUCUCUCUCUCCCACGAAGAUACAACUGGUACCGAAGUCUCAACAC